CUUUGAAGUGUGUAGGAAAAAAUCAAAAUUUAUGAGAAAAAUAUACAAAUUAUGAAAAAUUUGUCAUAAAAACACAAAAUAUGAAGCGCAUAAGUGAAAAGAAAUUGGAAGCCUUUGCUGUGGGUACCAUGGGCAAACGGCAAAUGUCCAAAAAAGAACUAGAAGAUCAAAAGAAAAAAGACGAUGAAGCUGCGGCCGCACAUGUGUUUAAAGAGUUUGUGGAAACAUUUCAAGACACUCCAUCGGCUUCGUCAAAAAUUUGGGUAAAAGCCGGUACUUAUGAUGCCGGUUCAAGAAAGGAGGACAGUCGUGAAAAGGGGAAAUUGUAUAAACCCUCUUCAAAGAUGGAUGAUAAAUCUGCCGCUGAAAAAGCUCAAGAAUAUGCCAUGAUGUUGGCUUCAGAUCUUAAGAAAGACGCAAUUAAUUCGAAGAAGAAAACCCAGGAGAAAAAGAAAAGUAAUUUGGAACUUUUCAAAGAGGAGUUACGUCAAAUUCAAGAGGAACGUGAAGAGCGUCAUAAAUAUAAGCAUUUGGCACAAACAGCCGUGAGUCAACCAUCCUCCACACAACCGACUCAAACAGUAACUGAGAAUCAUCAUCAUCAAACGACUGAAGAACGCACGGGAUCUCAUGAUACAGGCGAUCCAAAUACCACAAAUUUGUAUUUGGCCAAUUUAUGUCCGAAGAUUUCUGAGAACCAGUUAAUGGAUAUUUUCGGACGCUAUGGACCUCUGGCCAGCAUUAAAAUUAUGUGGCCUCGUUCGGAAGAGGAAAAAAUGAGAGAACGUAAUUGUGGCUUUGUUGCCUAUAUGAGUCGCAAAGAUGCUGAGAGAGCUCUGAAAACGCUAAAUGGUCGUUUUAUAAUGGGCUAUGUUAUGCGUUUGGGUUGGGGCAAGGCAGUACCCAUACUUAAUCAGCCUAUAUUUAUACCACCCCCUUUAUUGGAACUAUCAAUGCCCCCACCACCAUCCGGUCUACCAUUUAAUGCUCAACCGCCAACUGAUGAAAUGAACAAUGUACCGAAAAAGAACUACAAAGAGUACACCACCGAAGAAGAAAAAGAAAAUAUGGAAAAGGUUUUAAAGAAAUGUGUCGUUAAAGUUAUUAUACCUACAGAAAAAGGUGUAUUGCAUUGUAUACAUCGCAUGAUAGAGUUUGUUAUACGCGAGGGUCCCAUGUUUGAGGCUUUAAUAAUGAGUCGAGAAAUUGAAAAUCCCUUGUUUUCAUUUCUUUUCGACAACGAGAGUCCAGCUCAUAUUUACUAUCGUUGGAAAUUGUUCUCUUUGCUGCAGGGCGACACGCCAAAUGAAUGGAAUGAAAAAGAAUUUCGUAUGUUUAAAGAUGGUCCUAUAUGGAAACCACCAAUGGCUAACUUUUAUACUCAGGGAAUGCCUGAUGAUUUGGUUAUAGAUCCAGAUGCACCAGAGGCUCACAAAGGGGCAUUGUCAACAGCCCAACGUGAUCGUUUGGAAGAUCUAAUACACUAUUUAACGCCUGAACGUACUAAAAUUGGUGAUGCCAUGAUCUUUUGUAUUGAACAUGCCGAUGCAGCCGAUGAAAUAUGUGAAUGUAUUGCUGAGUCUUUGGCCAAUCCCGGCACUUUGGCUUCAAGAAAAAUUGCACGUUUGUAUUUGAUAUCAGAUAUACUAAACAACUGUACCGUCAAAGUAACAAAUGUCUCCUUCUUUAGAAAAGCUAUUGAAAAACAUUUAUUGGAUGUUUUUGAGAGCUUACACACAUUCUAUAACAGCAUUGAAAGUCGUCUGAAAGCAGAGGGUUUCAAAACUAGAGUUUUAAACGUUUUUAAAGCCUGGGAGGAUUGGGCUGUGUAUCCGAAAGAGUUUUUGGCACAGUUGCGUUCGAUAUUCUUGGGAAAACAGUAUCAAGCCCCAGUCACACCUCCACCACCAGAAGAAGUUAAAGAGAUCGAGGAAGAAGAGGACAUAGAUGGUGCACCCUUGUCAGGUGACGAAAAGGAUGAUGAGGAUUUAGAUGGUGUACCCUUGGAUGGCGCUGCUUUAUUAAAGGGUGUUCUCAUGCGUGGUUUACCGGAUACUCAAAAAAAUACUCCACGUCGCAGUCAAGAUGUUAGUUGUGAUGCUGACUAUAAUGAUGAUAUAGAUGGUAUUCCAUUGGAUGAUGAUAUCGAUGGCGUGCCCUUGGAAAAAGAUGUGCCAGACUAUAGUGACAACGCUGGUAAAAUGUCCUCCAAAGCACGGGCAUUUAUACCCUCUAAAUGGGAAACUAUUGACCCAGAACAGGUUGAAGCCCAAGCUGUCACCACCAGUAAAUGGGAUACUUUAGAUGGUCCCGAAGCUUCAAAAUACUACGAUCGUUCUAGCGAUGAUGAGGAUGAUGAUAAUGAAAAUAGUCUCAGUUUUGAUGAAAUAAAACGCAAAAAACUACGUGAAAUUGAAGUUAAAACUAUGCAAUAUCAAGAUGCUUUAGAAUCCGGAGAUAUAGACGUAAAAGCGGGCUUAACUGUAUCCGAACAGGUGGAGCAUUAUCGCAAGCGUUUAAUGAAAAAAGACUCUCUUACUGAAGCCGUUGAUUCUCCUUUAAGUUAUAUACGCAAUAAAGAUUCUAGCCCCGAUAGUCCCAAAAAAUCACGUCAUCGCAAGCGUUCUCUAUCGCCCGUUCAACAAUUCAGCAAUAGUUCACGAUCCAGUCCUGCACGUUCAGCGCGUAAACGUUCCGUAUCACCAUAUAAAAGCAGCACCAGCAGUGCACGUCGUGAGCGUUCACCCACCUCAAGUAGUCGUGACAGUAGUAAAUACAGCAAGCGUCAUCGUUCUCGUAGUAUUUCUCCCUCGCCUCCCCAUCCACUAGAGAGAACACCCUAUCAGUCUAAGUCAAAGCGUUACGAUAGUCCACAUUCAUCAACAUCGAGAUCAAAAAGAUCACCUUCGCCCGGCUAUAUACGUUCCUCUAAACGGGAUUUGGAGCGUGAUUCGUAUUCCAGCAGUGCACGCAGUGAAAAGCAUAAACACAAACAUAAACAUUAAAUUGCAUCAAUAUAUUACCAGAUAUUUAUUAAGAAAAAUAAACUGCAGAAAAGGUAAAUGAUUGAUUAUGAAUAUUAGUAGUAGAACUAAAAUAAAACACAAAUUGUGUUUUUUUCUAAAAAUUUAUUCAAGAAUAAAAUUGAUACAAAAAAUUUAAAAAAUCGAAAAACUUAAAA